AUGGAACGCCAAGAGCUGAUCUACCACUACUCCUGCGCACAUUCUGACCUCGUACGCUGGUUGCGUUCGAUCGUGCGCGUCUUUAUUGUGCCCUUGCGACGAAAAAAUAGCAAGGUUUGGCUGCCAGGCGUUCCGAAGGAGGUCACACGGCUGUUCGAUUGGCUCGAGGAUAUCCUUAACCUGCACAGUAACAUCGCUGACGUGCAUGUAGCUGCAACUGGGCCUUGGCAUUCUGGCGACAUCGUCAAGGACUUUUCAAGGGCUAUACGAUGCUUUGUGCCGCGCUUUGAGGUAUACCAACCAUACCUGGUAAGGGUGGACAGCACUCGAAGGGUUCUGGCGGAUUGCGUCUCUACACAAGACGAGUUUGGCGAGUUCCUGCGUCUGAGAGAGGCUCAUCCGGACUGUGGUGGUCAUUCCCUCGGUAACUUAUUGUUGGAGCCCGUGGAACACCUGUAUGGGUGUGUGGACACGUUCAAGGUAAGCUCGAGGAUUAGUCGAGGAUGUGGCAGAUGCUGA